GCCUGCUUGUUUGUAUGUGUCUGAGAUAUUUAGUCAAAUCACAUGAAAUUGCAUGCAUUCCAUAUCCACAUUUCAGUUCUUCAAGCUGUGCGGCUAGGAAGUUGACAAGUACUGCUAGUAGUAUCUCAGACUUACUAAAUACUCAGACUCAGCUAAGCCACUCAGACUCCAACACCAACGGCAGCAUAGUUCAAAAGUCCGUUCAGAAUGACGACAAAACUUCCAGCUUAUAAACUGAGGCCAUGGAGCGCAAUACAGAGGCACUUAAUAGCCUAACUACAGUCAUGACAACUCUUCUGAGGAAGAUUGCUGAAGGGGUGUUAGAUAGACAGCCUAACAUUAUAGUGCUAAAUGAAGCUGGGAGUGUAACAAAUGGUGAAAACUUGGUUGUCCUGAAUGAAGGCGACAAUGUGGCAAGUAGUACCGUGCUUGAUAAUAAAGCUGCCAGCAAUACUUCGGGAAGUGGUGUGAUACCUGACAGCAAACCUAGCAGCAAUACUUCAGGAAGUACUAGUAUCAUCGUACCUGACAAUGUAGCAACCAGUGAGCCUCAACAGAAUUUUGUAAAUGUUGACAUUAAAAUAAGUAAUGACAUGAAAGUGAUGACAUCAACAAUAAUAUUGAUAAUGUAAGUAAUAUUGUAGUAUUGGGGUACGGGAGCCAAAUCAGUGUGAGCGACAGAUCACAUGAGUGGAGAAUGGCGACGAGCUCCUGGCUCGCACCUCUAUUUAUUCAGUGUUCGGCAUAACAAAGGGAAGAACAAAGGCGAUCGUAAAACAAUUAAAUGGUUCUAAUUAGAGUUGUAGACUGUAGAUGUCGCUACCAUAGUGAUCACUAAGGCCGUGACUGGAUGUGUUCUGCUCUAACCAGGUUAGGUUAUGUUGCCCUUUUGUUAGGUUAUGUUUGACUGAUGACAAUACUACACUACUCCCUCUUUUCAGACCCCCCCCCCUUAACAGCUCGUCUUACUUAUACAAUCAAUAGAGCUUCGCCUUUGUCUCCGUUACAAAACAUUUUAAGUUAAAGAUUACAAUUUGUUUGAUUUAUCUAACUUUAAAUAAUUUUAAUGUUUUCAAAUAAUCUAACUAAUCAACUUAACUAAUCCUGUUGACUUCCACCUUGCGCAAACCUACGGCUUAUUCAAACCUACUAGUCUGGCUCAGUGUGCAAACAAAAAGAAAUUGACUUCCGAAGAGGGUUUAAUUAAAAAUCGUUUCUUUAAUAUACCAGGUGACUGAUUCCACGCUGCGCACUUUCGUAGUAAUACUGUACCGCAUGCACGGGUGCGAGCAAUAUAAUAUUGGGCGCGGUAGUGUCCAGCGGGCGUCUCGUUGCCUCUCCAUUAAGCCCUUCUCUCAUGUUUGAAUGAUUUAAAUAAUAAACGUAGGAGUACGUGCAGCAGCCCGUAGUGGCUGAGCGUUAGUCAGUUUGCUAAAAUUCUUAGAGGUAA